CAAGCAUUGCGAUCAACCUCGGCCAUGCCACCAUGCCUAUCAUCCUCCAACUCGACAUCCCCCCUCAAUCGCGUAGAAGCCUGGUUGUGGAACUCCCCUCCAGCGUCUUCGAGUCCAAUUGAUCGCUUGCGCAAGCGAAACUGCGAUGCUGAUAUGUCGCGCAACUUGAGCCCCAAACGACAACGCGUUGACAUUGAUGAUGUGCUGCCAGCCCAGAGCGCAUCGCAAGUCGGUAGCAUCAGCGUUGUGGAUCUGUCGGACCGCACGACCUUGACUGCCCCACAAGGGUCCAAGAGGAGCUCGAGUCCCACGCGCCAUCUCACCGAACUCCGCACUGCGACGCCCUCCAUCACGCUCAGCCCCUUCAACCAGGUCAAACAACCGCCGCCAGUCGACGUAGCCGCCCGCAUAAAUAGACUUCGCAGCCACUUGGGGUGUCGUAAGGGCUUAGAGACCUGCUACAUACCUGCAGGCCUGCGCCAGGCCAUUGAAACAGAUGUGCUCUUCGUGCCCUCCCUCGCCAUGGAUCCCAUCGACCCGGAUGCGUACGACUACGAAGAUACGCGACAGGCCAGCGAUCCGUCGCUGGUGGAUAUGCUGGAUCGCGUCAAGACCAUCUUCCAAGACGCCUGCCAUUGUACUGAGUUUGGGCGCGACGAGAACGCCUGGUGCUAUCGCGUUGUUUGGCCAUUGAUAGAGCUUGCUAUGAAGCUGUACGGCGGUGCUAAGUUUAAACUCGAGAGCGUGCAGUCGCAAAACAUCCAAUCCCGCUACCUUUCCACCAUUCCCGAGCCUACGCCCGCAUCGCCUAACAGAAGAGUUGCGUUCACGCGCAAGACCGACUUCUGCUUUUCCGAAUACGCCAGUUGUAUCGCACACAACAGACAAUUGCAUCCAGCGCCUGGGACUUUUCUCAGGAAUCGAGGUCAAACCAGAAAACGGCGAUCUCAAGGAAGCAGAGCUGCAGAUAACUAUUUGGAUGGCAGCAAGCUUGCGGAAGAAGAUGGAGCUGGGGCACCUGGCCUUCCCUGUAUCCGACGUGCCACCCGCACCAGACAAUGUGGCAGACAACGCAACUAG